GAAUUGUACUUCCUAAUUGUUCACUUCUUAAGCAGUGGCCCUUGUAAGGAAGCAGCUAAAGUUCUUCGAGAGGAAGUUGACAAGUAUCACGUUUUGCCUAAACGUUACGAUUGGCAAGGAAACGAGCAUGAUCAAAAUUAUGAUCAUAUGCUACGUCAAAAUUCCCAUAUCAAAUCGCACCACAUAUUUCAAUUAUGCAAACGACUUAAAAAUCUAAUUAGCAAGCAACCAUGCUCACCGAAUGUCCGGAUUGAAACCCUCCUUGGGAGAGAUCAGUUCUCGCUUUUGAAUGAUAAAACUUCUGGUGUCGCGGCAAAAUUACCUCCCGUAAGGGAUGAAUCGUUAAGUUACAAUGGUUGCAAGCCUUUCAUUCCUAAUUAUCAUACUACAGUCCAGUGCCAAAGUACGACCAGUUCAUUUGUGGCUCGACAGCUCUGUGGUAUUUCGAAAACUCGCAGCACGGAGUUGAUAACUACUAAUCGCUUCCAUAAGCAUUGUCGAAUUUUAGGCCAUUUAGCUGCUUCCUAUUGUCUACUUUUUGAUCGGAUUGGCAAUUGUAUAAUAACGGGAGCUGAUGAUGGAUUAGUCAAGAUAUGGUCUCGCACUUCCGGAAGACUCCUGUCCACUUUACGUGGUCAUCAAGCUGAAAUAACAGACAUAUCUAUCAAUCAAGAGAAUAAUUUAAUUGCUAGCAGUAGCUGUGAUAAGAUAAUUAGGGUUUGGAACUUAAAAACAACUGAGCCUGUGGCUGUGUUAUUGUCUCAUAGUUCUACAAUAACAUCAUUACAGAUAACUAUAAUAAUUUUUCAUAGGUAUCUAUGUUCUACAAGUGUUGACGGGAGUAUCUGUUUUUGGAAAUGGGAUCCUGAUACCUUAAAAUUUAGUAAAAACCCAUUUAGAUUCUAUGAACGUUCAAGGCCGAGCAACAAGAUGCUUUGCUCUUCAUUUAGCUCGGGUGGAACUUUUCUUGUAACAGGCAGUACUGAUAAUUUAAUACGAGUAUAUCAAACGCACCCUCCGCCACCUGACAAAAUCGCCGAACUGGAAGGUCACACGGACCGUGUGGAUAGUAUUCAACACUGUCAUUGUGGUGAACGAUUUAUUAGUGGCUCAAGAGAUGGCACGGCUCGUAUAUGGGAAUACAAAAGAUCUGAAUGGCAUUCUAUAACUCUUAACAUGUCGACACGAUUACAGUGUAAUUCAUCGGAAGAGAUUGGAAGAGUGCAUAAAUUAAAAGUAACCAUGGUAGCAUGGACGCUUGAUGAUCGUAACGUAAUUACUGCAGUUAAUGAUCGCAGCCUUAAAAUAUGGAAUUCCUAUACAGGAAGCUUACUCCAAAUAUUAAAUGGUCAUGCUGAUGAAGUUUAUGUACUUGAAGCGCAUCCAACAAAUCCUUACCUAUUCCUUAGUGCUGGUCAUGAUGGGAAAAUUACCUUAUGGAAUUUAAGAAAUGGAAAUGAAAUAGUCAGCUUUACCAAUCCGAUUGAAGGACAAGGCCCAGGAGCUAUUUUCGAUUGUAAAUUUGCUUCCGAUGGAUUAACGUUUGCCGCCUCUGAUAGUUUUGGACAUUUAAGUAUUUUCGGAACUGAUUGUAGUAAUGAAUACAAAAGGUUACCGGAACAAAUGUUUUUUCAUACCGAUUAUCAUCCGCUACGAAGAGAUCAAAACGAAUAUGUCAUUGAUGAGCAGAGCCAGCAACCGCCUCACUUAAUGCCGCCGCCGGUUUUAGUAAAUGCGGACGGUAUGCCAUAUGCGCGGUCGUACCAAUCACUAGUACCUGGACGAGAGAAGCACAGCAACUGCGAUGUUCGUCAGAUUAUCGACGCUAUGUCUGUCACUGAUGAAAACGGGAGAAACAGAGUAGUUGCUGGUCGUAAUCGAAAUCGUAAUGUGGGUCGAUCUGGACAAGACGAAGCGAAUAGUCCUCCUGUCGUAGAUAAUCAAUUGUCAGUCAAUUUUAUCCAACAAGAUCAGGUUAACGACGAUGAUACUAACAUUAGGACAAAUAAUGUUGUCGACGAGCGUUAUCGGAGAGUCCUUAUUGAAAAUGAUGAAGAAAGUAGAGACGAUCCUGCAAAUAAUAGUAACCCAGAAACAAGAGAUGAAAGCUUGCUAAGUCCUGACUGGUGUCGCCGUGUAAUAAUGUGCGAUGUUAAACCAGCAGAAGCAAAGUAA